AUGGAGGAGCUGAGCCACAAGAAGAGGAGGAUGAACUCCCAUGUACCAAGAGCACUACAAUGCUCUCUUCUCCAUGGACUUUGUGGAACCAAGUACCCUGAUGACACAAUGAAGGCCCUUGGAAUCUUUGAUGAUGUGGAGUUAGUCCUCAAGAACAUGCACUUGGAGGUUCUUCUCUCAUCGCAUGGAAUCCUACAAGGAGCUCACUUGAUUGGGGAUGGAUCACAUUCUUGGCUAAUGGAGUCAAGAGGAUGGUCACCUUUAGGCAGUUGGAGAUCUUGUUUGGCUUCAACUAUGGAGAGGGACCAAUUGUGGAACUUCAAGGAAAGUGAACUCCAGAGGGUUUGGGCUACAAUCGCUGAUGGAGUGUACUCUUCCUCAAGGUCCAAGGCUGCUCAAAUCAGGAGCCCAGUGCUGAGGUAUGUGCACAAGGCACUUGCCAACACCUUCUUUGCAAGGAAGGCAACCGGGACCAUUAACGAGGGGGAACUCAAGUUUCUUGACAUGGGGAUCAAGCCCAUCUCUCACGCACAAGCGAUGGCAAGAGGAUCAGGGGAGAUAGAUCAACACUGGAAACUUGAUGCCUUUCCUUGA